CUCACUGUCUCACACUUCCCUCUGCCACACACGCAAACGCAAACGCAAACAAAAACGCAAACGCAAACAAAAACGCAAACACAAACACACAAUCCACUUUCCUUCUUCUUCGAACUCUCCGACCACCACUACCACACACAAAAAACCGCAGCGUUUUUCAUCGAGCUCCCACAUGUCUAUACUGUAAUAAUGACCCGGACCCGUUUGUUCGGUUCUCGGAGCUCCGAAGAAAAAGAAGAAGAAGAACAACAACAUUACAGCAAGCACAAUAUCACAACAAGCACAGGCAUGAGAGUUAUAGUGCCUCUACAAGGCGUGGUUCAAGGACGAGGUGGCCUUUUCUUAGGCUCUGUAAUUCCUUGCGCUCUCUUUUACUUUUUUCAGCUCUACCUCAAACGCCACCGUUCUCAGCCGAACCCUCCGCCUCCGCAGCCACCGCCGGAGAAUUCGGGGGGACAAUUGGCUGAGGUGUCUGUGUCCGUGCUGCCACGCUCGCUCUCUCGGGUCCACCUCCCACCGAGGAGCCCCGGUGGACCCGCUUACGUGUCGGGUCGUGCUAAUUCAAUUGUUAAGGGUGGUGACUCGCCACACGACAUCGGUUUGAGGAAGGCCUUGGAGGAUCCGUAUCACCAGUCGGGUAAUCCGGAUGGGGUUAUCCAGCUUGGCUUGGCUGAAAACAAACUAUCAUUGGACUUGGUUGGAGAAUGGCUUGCGAAGAAUGCUAUAUUUGGUGAAGAGCUGAGUAUUGGUGGGAUUGCUAGUUACCAGCCAUUUGAUGGGUUGAUGGAGCUCAAAGUGGCAGUGGCAGGGUUCAUGUCUCAAGUCAUGAAAAAGUCAGUUUUCUUCAACCCCUCGCAAAUAAUAUUAACUGCUGGUGCAACCCCUGCAAUUGAGAUGCUUAGCUUCUGCCUAGCUGACACUGGAAAUGCAUUUCUUGUUCCCACCCCAUAUUACCCUUGUUUUGACAGGGAUGUAAAAUGGCGAACUGGGGUGGAAAUAAUACCUGUUCCCUGCCGCAGUGCUGACAAUUUCAGCUUAAGUAUUACAGCUCUUGAUCGAGCAUUCAACCAGGCAAAGAAGCGUGGUACAAAAGUUCGUGGGAUUAUCAUAUCAAACCCCUCAAAUCCUGUGGGCAGUCUGCUUGAUCGGGAAACACUGUACAGCCUUCUAGACUUUGCCAGAGAGAAGAACAUACAUAUUGUCUCAAAUGAAUUAUUUGCCGGAUCCACUCAUGGAAAUGAAGAGUUCGUGAGCAUGGCUGAAAUCAUUGAUUUGGAAGAUUUAGACAGGAACAGGGUUCAUAUUGUAUAUGGUCUAUCAAAAGACCUCUCUCUUCCAGGUUUUAGGGUGGGCAUUAUCUACUCCUUCAAUGAUAAUGUACUGGCUGCUGCUAAAAAAUUGACAAGGUUCUCCUCUAUCUCAGCACUAUCGCAGCGUUUGCUUGUCUUUAUGCUUUCAGAUUCAAACUUUAUUCAACAACUCAUUGAGAUCAAUCGAGAGAGGCUCCGAAGAAUGUACAUAAAAUUUGUGGCAGGGUUAAAGCAAUUGGAAAUAGAGUGCAUAAAGAGCCAUGGGGGUUUCUACUGUUGGGCUGACAUGCGUGGGUAUAUCCCCUCUUACAGUGAGAAAGGGGAGCUUGAGCUCUGGGAUAAGUUGUUGAAUAUAGCUAAGGUUAAUGUAACUCCUGGAUCUUGUUGUCACUGUAUUGAACCUGGAUGGUUUCGGUUCUGUUUUACUACAUUGACCGAAAAAGAUAUUCCUGUUGUUAUGGAUCGAAUUCGGAAAAUUACCGAAACCUGUAAAUCUCAUAGUUGAAAUAUCAAACAGGGUUACAUUUAAUUUUACAA